AUGGUUGCGUUUGGUGUCGUUUCCGCCCUCGCCUGGGCCGCGGGCCUCGCACUUGCCUCGCACAGUCCCGCGCCGCUGGUGGGAAUACGGACACGCAACUACCCCGGGACCUCGGAUGAGUUCACAAUCCGGGAGAUUCGGCGCCGGCUUGCUGCCCUCGCGCGCGGCCAAAAAAACUUCACCAUAGGGAACAGCACGACCCUCGAACAGGCCUGGGACAAUGUGGUCUUGUUCACCCAGAGUUUUGAAAACAGUGCCAACUUCACUAAUGGGGCCACGGUCGACACUGAGAUAGACAUCGAGGUGAAGUGCUCGCAAUGCUACUUCAAGGCCGGCAUCACGGCCAACUUGACGAUUGAUGGCGAGAUCGACAUCGGCGCCGACGUCAAGAACCUCACGACGCAGUUCGGCGAGGAAAUCAAGAAUCUGACCGAGACUGCGGUCGCAAGCCUGAAGUCGGUGGGCGAGCAGGUCCUGGAUGCCAUAGAAGCUGCCUUUGAUGACAGCCGCCACCUGACGCUCGAUGAUGUGAUCGACUUCGACAACGUGACCAUCGACACCGACAUUGACAUCGUCCCGCCGCCGCUUCCAGAGGUGCAGCUCUUGUUCCAGAUCGACUUCCUCGACCUUUACGUGGCAAUUGACUUUACAAUUGGUGCGCACGCGGCCUUGUCUCUGCCGCUGUUCAGAUCCAACACCCCGCUCGGAUCCGGCUUCCACCUGGUCCUCGAUGAUCCGACCGGCUUCCACAUUGCCCUGUUUGGCCAGGACGUAUCCGACCUCUUUUUCGUCGGCAUGGAAGUCGGCGUCUACGCCAACGUGGCCGAGCUGCUCACCAACAUCACGGGCGGCGCCGACCUUGCGGCCGCCGAGAACGGCUGCGAGCUCAAGAUCGCGCAGGAGUACACGCUCGGCGUGGGCGCCUUCGCCGGCGCCACGGUCGGGAUCGGCGACCACACGUGGGGCGGCCAGCCCAACACGACCGUCCCGAUUUUCUACACGACGCUGCUCGACGUCUGCGCCGCCACCCCCAGCACCAACCCCGCCACUGCCACCACCGCAGCGCUCAGCGCCCGCCAGGCAGCCGACGACGACCUGCAAACCACCACACUAACCACCACCCUGACCUUCACAGGCGUGGGCUGCGCAACAGCAGCCGUGGCGCUGUGCCCGCAGUCGCUGCAGACAACCUCGAUCCGCACGACGGUGUCGACGCUGGUGACGGCGGUGCCGAAGGGCGCGACCGCGACGUUCCCCGCGAGCAUCGCGACGACGGUGGCCAGCACGGUCCCGCUCGGCAAGCAGGCCAAGGCGCUCAGCGCGACCAGCGGCGCGCCGACCAGCUUCGUGCCGCCGCCGCCGACCACGAGCAGUAGCAGCGCUGCGGCCACGAGCAGCAAGGCCCCUGGCAGCGAUGUGUUGGGGGAUAUUAAUAAAGUGCUUGAUGGCGAGACUGGUGGCGUGUCGAAUAAGCUUAUUAUUGGGCUCAGCGUGGGGCUGGGCGUGCCGUUUGUGAUUGCUGUCAUUGCGGGCAUUGUGUUCUUCAUCAGGCGCAAGAGGUACGCGCCGGUGCCCAAGUCGGACACGGCGGUGGAGUACACGGGCGGGUACCAGAGCCCGAUGGCGGCGGAGCGCGAGCGGGAAGCCAUGCUCAAGAAGGAGCCGGCGGUGGCCGUCGGCGAGCUGAACCAGCCGCCACAGGCGGCAUACCACGACUGA